AUCUUAGUUUAGUUUUAAUUGCGCUCGAAAACGGUUCAGUUCGCUCCACCAAAUUAAAUCGCCUGCCCUUCAAAAAAGUAUAAAGUUCCCUUUUAUAAAUUCAGAGACCAUUAACUGUGCACGCAGUGUAAAUUUAAUUGGAAAAUAAAUUGAAUUGAGGGCCUGCUGACCCCUGACCCCGCAGAGGACAUGGUUCACCCGAGUGACACGUCGGACACCAACAACGAGGAGCUGGCACUGGAACGCAGUGUUGCACAUGGCAGUACCAACGGCAACGGCCACGGCCUCUCGACCGGGCCAACAACCACUCCGAACGGGGACCACAAAGUCAAUCAGCGGGUGUACGAGCCGCGCGAGCGCUUCAUUAUCACCAAGAACGUGGUCGUGAUAGGCCUGGCCUUCAUGAUUCACUUCACGGCCUUCCACGGCACCUCGAACCUGCAGAGCUCGGUGAACGCGGACGAGGCCCUCGGAACCACCACCCUGGCGGUCAUCUACGGCUCGCUGAUACUGUCCAACAUCUUCCUGCCGAUGACCGUGAUUAGUUGGUUCGGCUGUCGGCUGACCAUGGCGCUGGCCCUGUUCGCCUACAUGCCCUACAUAGCCGCCCAGUUCUACCCGAGGUUCGCGACCCUGAUCCCGGCGGCCCUGAUGGUCGGCUUUGGAGGCGGACCGCUGUGGUGCUCCAAGUGCACCUACCUCUCCACCGUCUCGGAGGCCCUCACCCAGGUGCGGGGCAACAAGUCGCGCAAGGAUGUCAACACCGUCAAGUUCUUCGGGCUCUUCUUCAUCUUCUACCAGAUGGCCCAGGUGUGGGGCAACCUGAUCUCCUCCUCGGUCCUGACCCUGAGUGCCCCUGCCCCGCAGUCGCCGGCCAACGAUAGCUUCGAACUGGAGCUGCAGCGGGAGCUCGAGCGCAGCAGGGUGGCCCAGCUGUGCGGAGCCCGCUUCUGCCCCGGAGUCGGAGCCGAGGCCAAUCCCAACCUGGUGCCCCCUGCCCCCGAGCAGAUCCAGCUGCUCAACUCCAUCUUCCUCGCGUGCAUGGCAGCCGCAGUGGUCAUGAUGAUCUUCGGCGUCAGCUCCCUCAAGCGCUAUGGAGUCAAGCGCGGGGAUACCGGCGAUGGAAUGUCCGGCUUGAAGCUGCUCACGGUGACCAUAAACCUGCUCCGCAAGCGCCGCCAGAUCCUGAUGCUGCCCAUCACGAUGUUCAUCGGCCUGGAGGAGGCCUUCCUCGCCGUGGACUUCACCCGCUCGUUCGUGGCCUGCGGAUGGGGCAUCUCCAGGAUCGGGUUCGCCAUGAUCUGCUUUGGGGUGGCGAAUGCGGUGGCUGCUGGGAUCGCCGGGGCCCUGGUGGAGCGCUUCGGAAGAGUCACCCUGGCCGGACUGUGUGCUGUGCUUAACCUCUGCCUGCUCACCUACAUGUACUCCUGGGAGGCGAGGGAAGGCGACUACCUGAGCUACUGCACCUUUGCGGCGAUUUGGGGCAUUUGCGACGGAGUCUGGCUGGUCGUGGUCAAUGCUUUUUAUGGCAUCCUGUUUCCGAACCAUCUGAUUGCCGCUUAUAGCAACUUCCGGCUGUGGGAAAGCACUGGUUCCGUAAUCGGCUACGUCAUCAGUUCGCAGCUUUGCACCUCCACCAAAUUGCUGAUUUUGAUGGGCGUUAUGUGCGUGGGCUGCGUGGGGUAUGGCCUCAUCGAAUACCGCGUUUGGCAGAAGCAAAAGAACCUGGAGGUCAUGCUCAGUGACUGAUCUAUAAGUGUAAUCCAUUAAAGCUAUUCCACUUUCUUGCCAUUUA